AUGAGCAUGACGCUUAGUCUUCAGCGACACGCAAAGAGAAUCCUCGCUUACAGUAACAGGCCUCGAUUCUUCUGCUCCUACAGAAACGGAACGCUAUCGACGAACCAAACUCUGCAUGGUCGAAUCGAAGCUGCUUUAGAUCAGAAAGCAGAAAUCACAGCGCGACUUCACCAAGCCCUAGAGGUAUCAGACUGGAUGAUUGAACAUAAGAUCUGCUGUCUCGUCCCUGAAGAUUUCUCAGCUCGAUUUCAAUUGAUUGAAAACGUUUUAGGUUUGGAAGAAGCAGAGAAGUACUUCGAGAGCAUCCCGGAGAAUCUGAGAGGUGAAUCUCUCUACACUGCUCUGUUAAGAAGUUACGCCAAACGAUCGGAAAAAAAAUAUCUUGAUAGAGCGAGCCGAAUUCAUAUUCAAGAAGAUGAGAGAAUUAGCUCUUUCGGAACCCGAGAUAAGGUCGACGAGAGUCUGCGAGAGAUGAAGGAGAGCAACAUUGAUCUCGAUCGUCUCACCGUGAACAAAGCUUUGCGAGUGUACGCUGCUGCAUCUGAUGUGGCAGCAAUGGAGAGGUUUCUGGCUGAUUGGGAAGGAACUGUGAAGCUUGACUUGAUGAUAUCAACGGAGCAGAGGAGAUAUACUAAUGAGUGGCAGUGCUCGCGUCUUGAGUUCGAUGUUCGAAUGCCAAUUAUGUUAGUGUCUGCUUAUCGUGAAAAAGGAAUGGUGGAGAAGGCAGAGAAACUGAUGACCAGAUGGGGACUAAAAUAUCGAUUAUGCAGCAAGGCUUGUAUUGGAGAUAAGGCCAUGAAGCUUGUAUUGGAGAUGAAGGAGAACAAAAUUGAGCCUGAUAGUGUCACGAUAAACAACGUUUUGAGAGUAAACGCUUAUGGAUUAGCGCUAGAGUCGAUGGAGAAGUUUAAGAGUAAAUGGGAUGGUGAUGGAAAAACCAAGCUUGAUGCAAUGGCAGCUGCUUACGAGAGAGCCGGGCUACUACUAAAGGCGAUAGAGAUACAAAGGAGUAAAAAAGAAGUGUACCGUCUAUGGAAUGAGUACAAGAAUAAGGCAAAUGAUGGGAUUGCAAGAGAAUAG